AAAAGGGAGCAGGAAAGAAAUCAGUGAUGAUGCUCCGCAAUGUUUUUAACGUCGGCAGGUUUCUGUCUAGCACUCAUUGUCGGCCAAUUCGCCCAUUACUUUCCAUGAGGUGUCUUUCUAUGCAACAAUGUGGAUCUCCAAACAUUUUUGGGCAAAUAACUCCAAACCUCCUUGUCCCACUGAUGCCGAAAAUAAGCCCAACCACCUAUGAAAAAAAUGAAGGAAAAAAUAUUCUUGACUUAUGGAAAGUGCCUCAGCAUCUACCAACAUCAUCAUCAUCAUCAUCAUCACCAAUUAGUAGCCCAGAUAAACCACAGGUGGAAAAGCAAGCUGCACGGAUGAUCGUUAUUAGACGGAGGAAAAUGAAAAAGCACAAGCUGAAGAAGCUAAGAAAAGUGAGGAAAUUUGAAUACAGAAGAAUGGCUCUGAAACGAAAAACCAAAAAAGAAAAAGAAUUUCAGAUGAAACUAAUGGCACAGGUCAAAGAAGCUGACAAAUUUGAAGCCAAAUCACAUGUGGAGAGCAUCAUCAGGAUAGCAAAAGAAGAUCUGUUUAAAAAACAGCAACCUCAUCCUACUUUCAAGAGAAACCCAUCAUUGUAUGACGAAAAUGGUAACAGAAUCCUUUUGAAUAAACAUUUAUAUGGAAGGAAAUGACAGAUGCCUUUAUAGAUUUAAAAAUUGGUAAUAAACUAGUUUGAUGUGCAA